AUGUCGAUCGCACAAGUCGCGCAAUACCUCGAAGAGUUUGGCGCUACGGAGUCCGUCAAGCAGUAUGACGACUCGCUCCUACACUCUAUCGCGGCGCAACCUUCGUUCUACCGUCCGUGGCUGGCGAACAAGAACCAUGCACUACUCGAGCGCUACGUCGAUGCGCAUGCGUUACAACGUUUUGCUAUCACCCAUGACCCAUCGGAUACCAUCUGGUCGCAAAAACGCCUGUUGAUUGCUGAUGCGGCUAUGGAAACAUGGCAUCAAGAUGAACCUCCCACGGAUGGCGAACUAUUGGCGUAUCUGAUCUCCCGCGCUGUUGACAUGGCCGACAUUGCACGGGAAUUGGACUUAGCGCGGCGCUUACAGCCGGGCAGUUUCACUCUUAUCUGGUCAGACCAGACGCUCCACGACCAGGCGACCAACGCACUGGGUUCGAUGCUCCUCCGCCAAUCUCUACCUACGCGUUUCCACGAGGCCAUCAAGAUCGUCCAAACCGACCUUCCUCGCUACGCCUAA